UUGUCAAAUAUCUGCAUGCCCAUUUUGGGCAAGAACGGGGUCCUGGGAGUGGUUCAAGUCGUUAAUAAGAAAAACGGAGGGUGUUUCUCAAGCAACGACGAGAACCUUUUCAAAACGUUCUCCCUGUAUUGCUCCAUGGCGGUGCACUACACCAACAUCCAUUCCGAAAUCAAGAAACAGACCUACCUGAACAAAAUCAACCUGAAAGUGAUCAAGUUGCAGCAAGUGCCCUGCCUGCACGACCUGACGAACUUCACCGACAGGUCCUACGUGAACAUACCAGUGGAGUUCGACAGCUUCACCUGGAGUAUCAACAAUUCGGACGAACUCGUGUACCUACCGCAGUACAUAUUGUACAUAAUGACCCAAUUGAUCAGCGUUUCCGAAAUUAAUCUCAACGUAAUGAAGAAAUUUAUUUUGACAGUUCGCAAAUUCUACCGAGACUUGCCUUACCACAACUUCGAACAUGCCUUCACCGUGUGCCAUUGCAUGUACCUCGUGCUAAAGCGCAAUUUGGACCAGUUUAGCAAAUUGGAAGUCAAAGCCCUGCUCAUCGCCGCCCUCUGCCACGACAUAGACCACCCCGGGUUCACCAACAAUUUCCUCCAAAUCAUCAAAGACGACAUCGCCAUACUUUACGAAGCCCCAGCCUUGGAGAACCACCACUGGGAGGUGACCAAGAUGAUCCAGAACGACCACGACAUCUUCCCCAAGAUGAGCGGGCAGGAGAGGGAGUUGUUCCACAGCGAGAUACAGAAGGCUAUUCUGGCCACAGACCUGUCCACUUUUUUCCAGACUAGAGUCACCCUCGCCAAGUUGUACAAUGCGAAAACUUUCGAUCGAUAUAAUCCGAGUCAUAGGGUGAAGAUGAAGGCGAUUAUCAUCAAUGCUUGUGAUUUUUCGGGGUUGUCGAAGCCGUUUCUGGCCGCGAAAAGGAUAGUGGAUCAGCUUUAUCGCGAGUUCUACAAACAAGGGGAUUUGGAAAAGGAGCUGGGGCAAUGUCCGUUGUCGGUUAUGGACAGAGGGAAGGAGAAUUGCAUUCCGGAGGAUCAGAUACGGUUUUUGAAGGUUGUAGUCAUACCGUGCGUCGAAAUUAUUCGGGUGAUUCUGCCAAAUUGCCGCGAGUUGUACAAUGGAACUUUGAGAUUACGCCAAACCUGGGAGGAUAUUAUCAAAAAUACCGGGCGCAAAAUUUGGCGACAAGACGAUUCCAUUGUUAAUCCUACUUAUAUUUAAUAAAAUAAUGUUAAAAAAUA